AAUUCCUUUCCCAAAAAUUCUUGAAAACUCAAAGCCAAACAAAGAAAAACACGGGAAAGUACUGGAAUCCUCCCUCCCCUGUUCUAUAAAUACAUGAUUGCUGUCCCUCCUCUGCACCAUUGAGAAGAUUUCCAAUACAAGUGUCCAUCUAGCUAUCGGUCUUAAAUUUCUCUGCAAUUCAAUCCAAAGAAAAAGAACUACAGAAUAAUGUCUCUCAUUCCAAGCUUUCUUGGUGGCCGAGAUCCCUUCGCAAUGGAUAUCUGGGAUCCAUUUGAUUUCAAUAAUUUUCCACUCCCCACUUCCCUUUCUGUUCCACGCUCUCAAUUCUCCAACGAAACUUCUGCGAUCGCGAAUGCUCGAAUCGAUUGGAAGGAGACCCCAGAAACCCACAUCUUCAAAGCUGAUCUUCCUGGGCUAAAGAAGGAAGAAGUGAAGGUCGAGGUUGAAGAAGGUAGAGUCCUUAAGAUCAGUGGCGAGAGAAAUAUAGAAAAAGAAGAGAAGAAUGAUCAGUGGCACCGAAUGGAGCGGAGUAGCGGAAAGUUCCUCAGGCGGUUUAGGUUGCCUGAGGAUGUGAAGAUGGAUCAGGUGAAAGCUGCUAUGGAGAAUGGAGUGCUUACUGUAACUAUUCCAAAAGAGGAAGUGAAGAAGCCAGAGGUCAAGGCCAUUGAAAUCUCUGGCUAGACGACCUUGUUCUGUGACAUUCUUUAGCUUUCAGGGCUCUAAUAACUGAUCUCUGAUAAAAUAUGUCGAAGCUAUAGUGAGAUACUGAGAAUUUUCCUUUUCCUUUUCCCUGUUCUACAGCUUCAAUAAACGGAGCAUGAAUUGAAAAUAUUUAAUGAAAGACGCAAAGAAUAGUUUUGUAAUUAUUAAAAAAAACAAUGUAUUUGUAUGUUGGUGUGUGGGGUCACGCUCC